AUGUCUGAGCACACUCCAAUUGCCGUCAUUGGCAUGGGGUGCCGACUCCCCGGAGGUGCUAGCAGCCCUGAGAAGCUCUGGGAGAUGCUCGCAGAAGGCCGCAGUGGAUGGGGUGAAGUUCCUGCAGAACGUUGGAACUGGAAGUCAUUCUAUCACCCACACAAUGAAGCCAAAGAGUCACUCAAUUCAAAGAGUGGCUAUUUUCUGGAUCAAGACAUUGGGGCAUUUGAUGCCAAGUUCUUCAACAUUGCCUCAUAUGAAGCCCAUGCAAUGGAUCCGCAACAGCGAAUCCUGUUGGAGACAACAUACGAAGCUCUAGAGAACGCUGGAGUAUCUUUGGAAAGUAUUAAAGGCUCCAACACAUGUGUCUACGUGGGAUUGUAUGCCCGUGACUAUGAUCGCAUGGGAUUUAAAGAUCUCCCCCAAAUUACGAAGCUUCACAUUACUGGAACGGGCGAAGCUGUCGUCUCGAAUCGAAUCUCGUACCUCUUUGACCUCAAGGGCGCAUCUGUCACGGUGGACACGGGCUGUUCUGGAAGUAUGGUUGCCCUGCAUCAAGCUUGUCAGAAUCUCCGGACCGGGGAGUCAAACAUGGCCAUUGUAGGAGGAACACAGCUUCUUCUUCAUCCGGAUCAGGCUAUCGCAAUGAGUACAGUUGGCAUGGUGAAUCCACACGGCCGAUGCUUUGUCUUCGAUAGCCGUGGUUCUGGUUAUGCACGAGGUGAAGGCGUUGGCACGAUUAUUCUCAAGCGCCUGGACGACGCCAUAGCAGCUGGUGACCCUGUUCAUGCGGUUAUUCGGAAUUCUGGAUUGAACCAGGACGGCAAAACAGCAGGCAUUUCACUCCCCAAUCCAGAUGCGCAGGCCGCUCUCAUGAAAUGGGUCUACUCUUCUGCUGGCGUGGAUCCUCGGAACACGGUAUAUGUGGAAGCUCACGGAACGGGCACACAAGCAGGUGACAAUGCCGAAAUUUCCUCUAUUAACCAGGUCUUCUGUGAGGAGGCUGGACGAAAGUCAGAUAUCUAUGUUGGAUCCGUCAAAUCCAAUAUUGGACAUUUGGAAGCAUCCAGCGGUAUCGCAGGCCUGAUCAAAGGUAUCAUGAUUGUGAAGAAGGGUUUCAUCCCGCCAAACUUGGAUCUUGAAACACCCAAGCCAAGUCUCAAGCUUGACGAGCGGAAAAUCAAGAUCCCUGUCCAGCUUACUCCUUUGCCCCAGCCAGAACAACCUGGGCCCAGCCGGGUGUCUUUGAAUAGUUUUGGCUACGGCGGAACUAAUGCACACGUCAUUCUCGAACCAGCUCCAGCCCGUGACCUCAAUGAAUCUGAUGUGAAUGGUAACUCAAUCCAUGAAGGCUCAAAUGGAGUUCAAGAUGAUCUUGAAAUCAAAGACACCCCGAAUGGCGUUGCAGAUGCCGCUCAUCAAUCAAACGGUGAUGAGAGCCAUGCCAGCCCCGAGGAGAAGGCUCAAGCCAAUCCUCAGUUGUUUGUGCUUAGCGCUACUUCGGAAAAGUCUCUUCUUGAGGCUGCAAAAAAUGUGCAGAGCUGGAUCUCUACUAGGGCCUCGGAGCAAGACUACCUCUCCGAUCUUGCAUACACUUUGAACGUUCGACGAUCACUCCUGCCACUCAGGCUGAGUGUUGUUGCUUCGACCCCGGAUGAACUCGUUUCUGCUUUGGAGCCAAAGAGUCUCCGUAUCACAAAGCUUCCACACUCUGUCUCCGUUGCCUUUGUCUUCACGGGCCAGGGAGCGCAAUGGUAUGCCAUGGGAAGAGAGUUAUUGGCCGUCAACUCUGCCUUCAAAGAUUCGAUUCUCCAAUCAGACAAAUUGAUCCAAAGCUUUGGUUCUGAGUGGAGUCUUGUGGAGGAGCUCUCAAAGGACGAACAAUCCUCCAGAGUGAGUGACAGCGAGUUAUCUCAGCCUUUGACGACAGCCAUCCAAGUCGCUUUGGUUGAUUUGCUUGCCACCUUUGGUGUGACCCCGCAAUAUGUCUGCGGUCACAGCUCGGGAGAAAUUGGUGCGGCUUAUGCGGCUGGGGCCUUAACGCAAGAGGCUGCGAUUGAAAUUGCGUACCGACGAGGUUUAUGCUCAACUGCUGCCAAAAGGGCAAACUCGACCAAGGGUUCCAUGCUGGCCGUGGGAGUUGGCGAGAUCGAGAUUUUGCCAUACAUCCAGCAGGUGAAGAAUGGCCUUGUCACAGUGGCUUGUUCCAACAGCCCGGAUAGCACUACGAUAUCUGGAGAUGAAGCUGGUAUUGACGAACUGAGCGCCAUUCUGAAUGAUCAAUCCAUCUUCAACAGGAAGCUCAAGGUGGACACGGCCUAUCAUUCUCAUCACAUGAAGAAGAUCGCGGACCAGUACCUCCAGUCCUUGCAGCAUGUGCAUACCGGUACACCACGAAGCAAUGUUACUUUCUAUUCCUCCGUGACAGGGGAGAAGAAGGUUGCCAAUUUCGGACCUCAAUACUGGACAGACAAUCUGGUGUCAAAGGUCCGAUUUAGCGAUGCCCUUCAACUUUUGGCCGAGGACAUGGCACGUUCGAAACAGUCCAGCAAUGUUGCCAACUUCUUUGCAGAGAUCGGUCCUCAUGGUGCAUUGUCUGGGCCCAUCAGGCAGAUCAUGGCCAAACUCAGUAUCCGAACCUUCAAGUUUUCCUACGCAUCUGCACUUGUCCGAACUAAGCAUGCACUACACUCAGUUCUGGAGCUGGUUGGCAAGCUAUUCGAAUCUGGAUGCGGUAUCCAGUUUGAGCAGCUUCUUGCCUUGCACAAGGCCAAGCGUUGGACUACAAUCGGCGAUCUGAGUCCUUACCCCUGGGAUCACUCAUUAUCUUACUGGUACGAAUCUCGACUCAGUCGGGAUCAUCGUCUGCGUCAGUUCCCCUACCAUGACCUGCUGGGAUUGUGGGAUGUUGGGAGCACUAUACAUGAGCCGAGAUGGCGGUACCAUCUCAAUGUCGAUGCGCUUCCUUGGUUGAGGCAUCACGUUGUCGAUAGCUUCAUGAUUUUCCCAGGAACUGGAUACAUUUGCAUGGCCAUCGAAGCGAUGAAACAACUCGUCCAGCUUCGGAAGACCUCGGGGGAGAUAUCCAAGUUCCAUGUCAAGAAUGUGGUUCUUUCCAAGCCUAUCAUUGUUCCAGAUCAACGACCGGAUAGCUUCAUCCCAGAUGUGGAAGUUCAACUUACCCUGACUCGUAUGAAGACCAACGAUGGCAGUCGAUGGGAAACAUUCAGAGUUUUCUCAUACUCGCCUGAGGGAUCUGGGUCAUGGAAUGAGCAUUGUUCCGGACUCAUCACUGUUGACAUGAGUUCCAAGGUUGACGAGGUUGAAGGCACCCGAGAGGAAGAAUUCCUGGUUUCAUCCCACAAACGCAAAUUCGAAGAUAUCCAGCAAGCCUGUCACUUUGAUGCCACCAUCAAUCCUGAGAAAUUCUACAGUGACCUUCGUGAGUCUGGGAAUGAUUUCGGCUCGACUUUCACCUGCAUGACCGAGAUGCAACUAGGACACCAUCAAGGUUGGGCCAAGGUUGAGGUCCCCGAUGUUCCAGCCUGCAUGCCUCGCCAGUUCUUACAGCCACAUGUGAUACACCCAUCUCUCUUGGACUCUUUGAAUCACCUUGCGGUAGUUUUGUUCAAGAAAGAGUGCAGCAACGCACCACUUAUGGCGACGUUCUUUGGAGAUAUCAUCAUUUCAGCAGAUAUAACAUCUACCCCUGCCGAUGAACUGAUCGUCGCUCUCGAGAUGAAUCCCGAGGGAACGCGUUCAGCAUCAGGAAACACAUACGCAUUCCAACAGAAAGAAGAUGGAGAACGCUCUCUCGUCCUGCAUGUGCAAAACUGGCAGCUGAAAGCUGUUGGAGAAGCUCAAACGAAGAAUGAAGAGACUCCAUUCCAUCGCAAGAUGAGCUAUCGGAUGCAGUGGCAGCCAGAUGCGUCUUUCCUAAACGCGAAACAGCUUCAGGAUGCAGUUGAUGUAACUGCAACGGAACAGCAUCUCACUACCGCAACAAGUACCACUGAAGACGUCAUAAUCACCGAAAAGCUGACAUUUGAGCAAAUAAUUGCCCUGAAUGAGCGCGCAGCGGCAAUCUACAUUCGGGAGGCCUUGUCCCAGGUAUCCUCGGAGGCACCAGCGGUGACUACCCCUCAUUUUGCAAAGCUUCUCGAGUGGAUGAAGUCUUCCAGGGAGUCUGAGGUAUACAAGUCGAUGCUGAAAGGAUUGACUUCUUCCGAGGAGGAACUCAUCCUUCAGAGGUCUUUGAUCUCCGGUCUUGAAGGAUUGAUGCUAUCCCGUAUCGGGCUCAACCUGGUCUCCCUUCUAAAUGGAGAAAUAGACGCCAGUGAGCUGAUGCGGGAAGACAAUCUCUUGUCGAGAUUCUGCGGGGAUGACCUUUUCUCAAACAGCCAUCAAUUCAUGGUCAACUACCUAAAGUCAGCUGUGUACAAAAAGCCACACAUGAGAAUUCUCGCCAUUGGUGCUAGUAUGGAAGAUGGGAUUGUUGCUCUGCUGCGUGCAAUUGAUCGUCCAGAGGGACUCAUGGUUGACCACUUCGACCUCGCUGAUAGCUCUUCGGCGGCCCUGGAGCGCGCGAAACCUCUUUUCCAAGAUUGGCACUCUAUGGACUUCAAGGCUUUGGAUCUUGAUGAUAAUCUCAAGGAUCAGGGCUUCGAGAUUGGAUCUUACGACAUGAUCAUCGCAGCCAACACCCUUUAUUCCGUGAAGAACGUCACAACCUCGUUGAAUCAGGUUCGUCAGUUGAUGAAGCCGGGUGGAAAACUAGUUAUGGUUGAACUAAUUCGGCCACCGACAUUGGCCAUCGAGACUAUCUUUGGAGUCUUGCCAGGGUGGUGGGCUGCUGAAGAUGAUCGCCAGAAUUGUCCUCUACUCUCCGAGUCACAAUGGCACGAUCUGCUGCUGGAAAGCUCAUUCAGUGGCACCGAUAUUGUGAUGAAUGAGAACGAUGGUCCAAAGUCCAGAUCUGCCAUGAUCAUCUCGACUGCAUUGAACCAGACUGAGGUGAACAAAACUGCACCUUCGCAAUGCGUUAAGGUCCUCUCAUUUGGCAAAUGGUCUCCGGUAUUCGCAAAGUUCGCCGAGGAUAUCUCAUCUGCUCUCAGUCAAAGGGGCUUUGAUUGUUCAACCGGUGUUUUAGAUCCUCAGGCCAUCGAACAAGACAUUACCUACAUCGUUCUUGACGACGUGGAGAAUGCUCUUCUGUCAAGUCCAUCUGCAGAGGAGUUCGAGACUCUCAAGACUCUUUUCAUCACGAGCAAGUCUCUCCUUUGGAUCAGCGGACAAGAAAAGGUCACUCAGAAUGGCAACGCUGCAAAGGGUCUCAUCAACGGUAUGGCGCGUGUGGCUCGACGUGAAAACGAGGGGAUCAAGUUCAUCACCAUCGACAUACAACAAGAUCUUGCGAACUCUGGGUCUGAGGUUUUCAAGCAGAUUCUGGACAUUGCUGAGAGCUCCUUCUGGCCAGCUUCUGGGACCGAGCAGUCCAAUGAACAUGAGUUUGCGAUUCAGAACGGCGCUGUCUUGAUUCCUCGAGUUCAGCCUGACACCAAGUUCAAUGAGUGGAUCGACCGAGCCGUCGGAGAUGAUCGACUGGACACUCUGCCUUAUCACCAGCCCAGCCGCAGCUUGAAGCUUCACGUGGAAACGCCCGGUCUUUUGAGCAGUCUCCGAUUCGUGGAAGACGAGACUCUGGCCUCGCCUCUUCGCGCCGAUGAGAUCGAGAUUGAAGCAAAGGCAUACGGUGUCAACUUCAAAGACGUCUUUAUUGCUCUCGGUCAAAUGCUUCCUGGAGUCAACAUGAUCGGAGAGGUCGCCGGUAUUGUCACAGCUGUGGGUUCAGCUAUGCAGGGCCGAUUCAAUGUGGGAGACCGAGUUGCCGGCGUUGGCGCCCAGCCCUUCACCAGCAGAGCCAGAGUCAAGGGAUUGAUGUCUUGUCGACUCCCUGACUCGAUCACCUUCACUGUCGGUGCAUCAAUUCCCAUCAUUUACAUGACAGCCUACCACUGCAUCGUUGAAGUGGCUCGUCUCCGAAAGGGCCAAACCAUCCUGAUCCAUGCAGCAUCCGGUGGUGUUGGUCAAGCGGCAAUUCAAUUCGCGCAACACAUUGGAGCUGAAAUCUUCGCAACUGUCGGCAGUGCAGUCAAGCGUCAGCUACUGAUUGACCGGUACAACAUUCCCGAGGAUCACAUUUUCUCGACAAGAUCGAGAACAUUCAAACAUGGAAUUAUGCGUCUUACAGCCGACAAGGGAGUGGACGUCGUUCUCAACUCCCUCUCUGGUGAAUGGCUGAAUGACUCUUGGGAAUGCUUGGCUCGUCUUGGAACAUUCGUUGAAAUUGGCAAAACGGAUAUCUAUAAGCGAAGCCACCUCAGCAUGGCACCGUUUGACCGAAGCAUUACCUUCGCAGCCGUCGAUCUGGUAGUCCUAUUCGAGAGUCAAAUUGAACGGAUGAAUGACGAGUUCCAAACGGUCAUGUCAAUGUUCGAGUCAGGCAUUCUUGCACCCGUGGCUCCUGUUGCAGCGAUUCCUAUCUCGAACAUUGAGGAGGCAUUCCGCUUGAUUGCUUCUCGGAAGCACACAGGAAAGGUUGUCGUUGAAGCUGAGGCAGAUGCUCUCGUGAAAGCAGUGAUUGCUAAGCCCGAGCCGUUGCAACUGGACCCUUCGGGAUCCUACGUUGUAGCUGGUGGUCUUGGUGAUCUGGGUAAGAGAAUCUGCCGGCUUCUAGCAUCUCAUGGUGCAAAGCACAUUGUGACGCUGUCUCGUCGGUCUCUGUCCGAUGAUGAUCGACAGACAUUCGAGGCUGAUAUUGCUCAGCUUGGAGCAGUAUUGCACAUUGUCAAGUGCGAUAUCAUUGACGAAUCCUCUAUGACUGAGGCUGCGAUUAUCUGUCAAGAGACUCUUCCACCCGUCAAGGGUGUAAUCCAUGCCGGCAUGGUUCUCCGGGAUCAUCCUCUCGAGCUCAUGACACCGGACGACUAUCUGACCGCUACCAAGCCCAAGACCCAAGGCACCUUGAACCUGCAUUCCAGCUUCCAAGGCCCUGCACUUGACUUCUUCAUCACUCUUUCCUCCAUCACAUGUAUCGUCGGCAAGACUGGCCAAGCCAAUUAUUCCGCUGGAAAUGCCUUCCAGGAUGCGUUCGCCCAUGCGCAUGCUGGAAAGUCCCACACCCGCUACAUUUCCCUUAACCUCGGUGCAAUUGAUGGGUCCGAUGCCAUCACGUCUCUGCCCAUCCGCCAGCAGGAGCUGAUGCGUCAAGGUGCAAUUCUGGUCAAAUUUGAGGAACUCUUCAAAGUCCUCGAGUAUGCCAUGGGACCUCAAGCAGUACUCGAUGACUGUGUUCAAUCAAUCAUGGGCUUCGAUCGACAGUCCAUGGAGACGGUGCAGGACACCUUUGGACUCAGUAACCCGAUGUUCAGUCAAGUGCCCUAUCUUUCGGAUCAGAACAGCUCUGGUGAUGGUGCGUCCAACAAGGUAGACACGGAGAAGGCUAUUCGGAAUGCCGCUUCCAUUGCCGAAGCUGAGGAGAUCAUCACUCAGGCAAUUGCAGAGAAAUUCGCUCUGUUCAUGGACCGCGCGAUCGAAGAUGUCAAUCUCGACCAGUCACUCGCUGCCUUCGGACUUGACUCGCUGGUCUCAAUUGAGUUGAAGAACUGGAUGGUUCGAACAUUCCAAGUUACUUUGCAGACAUCAGAGAUUGCAGAUGCCCUUAGCGUGGUUGCCCUGGCAAAGACAAUUACCUCACGUUCGAAGUUGGUGAGCGAUGAGCUGCGUGGAACUCCUUCCAGCUCAGACGAGCCUGAAGAGACACCAGCUGAGCAGCCAGUGGCUGAAGUACCCUCCGGUCCAAACCACAGCUUUGAAUGCUGUCGAUACGCAAAGGAUCUCCCCAAACAGCCAUUGAUGGACCUAGACGAAGCAUUGAGCUCAAUUUCAAAGAGUACUCGCCAUUUCGCAACAGAGGAGGAGUACACAGCUCUCUGCCAGGCAAUUGAGAAAUUCGGACAGCCAGGAAGCAUGGGACGUCAAAUGUACGAGAAACUCGUCAACAUGUCGAGUGACCCGAAGGUAGACAACUGGAUGGUCGACUUCUUGACAGAUGCGACAUUCCUCAGGAAGCGAUUCUCCUUGGUACCACUCUCAAGCUUCUUCGCUACACAUCAUGACGCUGCAGUUCCCCAUCCUCAAGCAGAAAGGGCUGCUCUCAUCGCGACAACGGCUUUCCGAUUCAAGGAGGCAGUAGAUGCUGGGACUCUGGAGCCUCAUUGGUAUUUCCAUAUCCCAUCUUGCAUGGAUUCUUGGCAAUGGCUUUUCAACACCACUCGUGAGCCUCAGCUUGAAGUUGAUCGUAUGAGAAAGUACCCUGGAAACGACUACUGCGUCGUGCUCCGCCGCGGCCAUGUCUUCAAGGUGGCGCUCAAGAACGGCUCCGAAGCUGUCUCAUACUCCUCCAUCAAGGCACAUUUCGAUAUGAUCUUGGAGAGCGUUCAAGAUGAGGGCUUCUGGACAAGCAUACUGACUAACGAUAACCGAGACUCCUGGGCCACGCUCCGCCAAAAGCUCAUCUCCAUGAACGACGCAAACGCAGCAUGCAUCCAAGUCAUCGAGCAAGCAGCCUUCGUCAUCUGCCUCGAUGACGGCACACCAACAACCAGCUCCGAGCGAAUCCGAAGGGCUUACCUAGGCGACGGCUUCAACAGAUGGAACGACAAGGGCCUCCAGUUCAUAAUCUUCGAGAACGGCUCAUCAGGCUACCAAGUCGAACACACUAUGAUUGACGGUCUAACAGUCCACCGGAUGAACGAGUGGAUCCACGAAUCCAUCCACGCACAUAUCCCCAGCCAAACCAGCGGUCAUACAAACGGCACAGCCAACGGAUUCCACCCAGUCCUCGAAGAAUACACCCUCACCACAACACCCAACAUCGACGAACACAUUCUCGUCGUGCGAGAUGAACACCUCAAAACCACCUCCGGCCGUGAAUACGGCUACCUCACGCUCUCACACUUCGGCAAAGACUUCCUCGCCGAACAUGGGUGUCCUAUUAAAUCCGUCUUCGACGUUACAAUCCAACUAGCCAGCAAACUCUACUUUGGCCACAACCCGGCCUCCUGGGAACCAAUGUCGAUGGCGCAUUUCCACAAGGGUCGCACAGAGAUCUUCCAAGGUGUCCUCCCAUCCGUAGCGCAAUUCUGCGACUCGGCAACGGACGGAGACGUUCCUGCGACACAGCGGCGUGAGAUGCUCAUCCGCGCUGCGAAUGAGUAUACAGCUGGUCUGCAGAAUUCUGGAAAGGGAAAUAAUUACUUCAGGCUUAUGACUGUUUUGGAGGGUAUGUGGCCGGCUGGUGAGGAGUUGGCGCCGUUGUUUACGGAUCCCGUUUGGCUGAGGACGUAUCCGCGGUUCAUUAUGUCUGGGUUGACGGAUGGUGGAUCAUUGGAUUCGGCGUUUGCCUUGAUUGAUCCUGAGGGUGUUUGGAUUUGCUAUUCGAUUGGGGAGAAAGAGGCACGCUUUUCUAUUGUUGGCCCUACAGGCAACGUGUCCAGGUUUGAGAAAGUACUGGACGAGGCUACGGCCCUUGUUAAGACACUGGUAGAGUCGAGCUAG